UAUACUAACAUAAUAGCGUAAUCUAAACUUAGUAUUACCGACUUUUGAGAAAUGGCUUUUUCGCCACAAAGAGGUACCAUUCAGCUCAUAGUGCACUGGUAGACAGAGUGUUCUGACAUUUCUCUGAAUUUUUCGAUAGAUUUACUCGAAUUUCACAAGCAAUGCAGCCGCAAUUGGUUUUCCUGCUCCUGUUCCUGGGUAUCCUGCACGGCACUUGCGGGCUGUACUUCAACAUGAGAGAAAAGGAACAAAAGUGCUUUAUCCAGACUACGCCCGAUGAUAUGGAUGUGCUGGUUCAAUACGCCAUUGAGGUGGAAGAUCCAAGUACGGGCGGCUUCAUGCCCGCGUCCCCUGGCCUUGGAAUGCAUGUGGAUGUGCGGGAUAGCAUGGAUAAGGUGGUCCUUUCCCGCGUCUACAGCUCGAAGGGUCUUCUGAAGUUCACAACCCACUGUCCUGGUGACCACCGCAUCUGCCUACAACCCAACAGUACCGCGUGGUUCGAAGGCGCUCUAUUGCGCGUCCACUUGAAUAUUGAGACCGGCGAGCGGUCUGUGAACUACGAAAGGAUCCGAAAGACUAACAAUAUGGACAUCAUGCAGUUGCGGGUUCUACAGCUUAUAAAUCAGGCAGAGGAUAUCUCCAGGAAUCAGAACUACCAGCGUUUUGUAGAGAAACAAUUUUUGAGGACGACCGAUAACAUAUACUUCAAUAUAAUAUGCUUCUCCGUCGCUCAGAUCGUCAUCCUGGUCCUUCUAUGGGCCUUCCAGUACCAUAUGCUUUUUAGGCAACCGUCCUUGUACCUUGCGUACUGCGAAAUCCUCUGUGAAAGCGGGCUGUCCAGGUUCAGGACACCAGAGGCGUUUAGGACACUCAUCACCAUCGUGGGAGCCAACGGACAAGGUCUAACCACCCAGGCCCUCGCACAAUGGAUCAGCCAGUUUAAGGAUGCGGAAAAAACGGACGAGCAGCUUCAGCAGCUUGUAAACGAUAAGGUCAAAGCCAAAGUGGAAGAAUUUGUGGGAAAGUUCCUUACCAAGCCAGCACCGCAGAUUCCUGAAAAUGUUAAGGGCAGCUUCUAUGCCUCCAAUGUCCAAUUGACAAAGCUUCUGUCCAGCGCACGACGGAAUCGUAGUGUCCACUUGAAGGACGACAGCUUCCUGCUGAUCUGCGAGUGUGAGGACUGCAAGGCGGAAUCGAACACAGUUGAUACGCAAUCUUGAAUUGUUUUGUUCUUGUUACUCUACCAACACAUCGCAUCUAAAUAUAAAUUUAAUAUAUAAA